CAGCGUUUGACCCGUUUCUUUCCCUCAUACUGGGACUAUCCUUUAUCAGAUUAGUAAUUAUAAGCAUGUGUAUUUUCUGUCGUAGUAUUCCAGGUGCAUAAUACUGUCAUCAUUAUAUUAUAAGAUUUCUCCUGCAUGACACGAAUGGUAUGUACAUAUAUACUGUGAUCAAAUGUAUUUAAACAGUCAGAACCGGAAUAUUAAGGAUUAUGGCCUGUUGUAAACAACAUUGAAGAAAACAGACCAGAAAAUGAUUCCCAAAUGGUGGUGUCUGAUGAUUGUAUUUUCAGCCUUUAUGAUUCAAGUGAUAUCAUUUGGUACAGCAGGAGCUAUUGGAUUGUACAAUAUAGAAUUUAUAGAAUACUUCAAUGUUGGAGCAGCUGAAGUCUCUUUGGUUGGUUCUAUCAACCUUGGUGUUUUCCUGGGAGCAGGUCCUUUUGUGAGUUUACUGAUGAGACACAUGAGUUACAGAAGAGUAGCUGUUAUUGGUAGUUUACUCAGUACGACUAGUUUGCUGUGUGUACCAUUUCUAGAUAAUAUUAUUUAUCUGUAUAUUAUAUAUGGAUUAUUUACAGGUUUAGGAUUUGCUAUGGUAUACCUACCAUCAAGUGUGUUAGCAGGCAUGUAUUUCAAUAAACAUCGUAGUCUUGCUACUGGUAUAGCAACAAGUGGAUCUGGCAUAGGAGCAGUAGUAUUUCCAUUAUUAGUACAUAGUUUGAUCCAGUAUUAUGGCUGGAAGGGGUCAGUUUUUAUCCUUGCUGGACUCAGUUUACAAUGCAUUGUAUUUUCUGCUUUAUUAAUUCCACUGAAUAAAAAAACAAACAGAGAAGAACUGAAGUCAGUGCUGAUAAACAGCAAUAUACAUGACAAACAAACAAAUAAUCCUGAAAUUGACAACAUGAUGACCAAUGGUAACUGUGAGAAUUACAAUGGUCACACAAGUAUAUCAGAGAAAAAAGUUCAGGAAAAUGAUGAAGUCACAAAAUUAAUGGAGAAUUCUGAGCCUGCAGCUGAAAGUUUAAAGCAUUGCUAUGUUUUAUGUGAUUUUUCUUUCUUAAUUUUCUUUAUAAAUAAUAUACUUUGGAAUAUGGGAGUAGCAAUUUCUUGGAUCCUUGCUCCAGAAUACUUUGUAUCAAUGGGAUUGACAAAAGGAAAUGCAGCUACUAUUUUAACAUUCGGAGGAGUUGGUUGUUUUAUUGGUUGUAUAAUUGGUGGAGGACUUGGAAACAUACAGAGUUUAAGUAGAUUGUCUAUGUAUAUAUCAUGGAAUAUUGCAGUAGGAAUAUUGAUAAUGUUCUUGCCGUUUAAAAUAUUUCAAUCAGUAGAAAUUUUGUCAUUUAUAAUGUUUUUAAAUGGACUUGGAUUUGGAGGAAUUUUAGGACUACUAGUCAUUUUUACAGUUGACCUGCUGGGUGAAAAAGCUUUGGGUGAUGCUUUUGGAUAUUUAAUGCUGAGUAAUGGUGUAGGAUCUAUUAUUGGUCCACCGCUUGGAGGAGCAUUUAAAGACUACCUUGGAACUUACGAUCCCACAUUUUUCUUUGCUGGUACAUUGAUUAUUGUUGCUGGAUUAGUCAUGUUCCUCAUACCAAUAAGAGAGAAGUUUGUACCCAGACCAAGGAGAACUGCAGUAGAAAUGACUAUAGAAGUUAAUCUUAAAACAUAACAGAUGAUAAUGAUCUCAUUGUACCCAGACCAAGGACAA